AUGAGCCUGAAUCCCUCGAAGGUUGCGCCCGAGCCGGAGCCGGAGCCCGAGCCGGAGCCGGAGCAGGAGGCAGGACCAGGGCCUGGGCCCGAGGCCCAGGGGCCGGGGCCGGAGGGGGAGAGCGGGCCGCCCGCAGGGCCUGGCCCGGAGCCGGAGCCGCCCUCGGCGGCGGGUCAGGACCGGGAGCCCGAGCGCGGCCGGGCGGCGGGGCCGAGCGCAGAGCCCCCGCCCCCGCCGGCCUCGCGGCCUGAGGCCCUUCGGGCCCCGCGGCCCCGCUGCCGCACCGACUGCCUGGAGGCGCCGCUGUCGCGGGCCUUCCAGCGGCUGGGCCGGAAGGUGGGCGCGCACCCCUGGGUCUUCCUGCUGCUGCCGGUGGCGCUAACGGCCGUCCUGGGCACCGGCCUGAUGUACCUGCCCCGCGACGGGGAUGAAGACCUGGAGGAGCAGUACACGCCGAUCGGGAGCCCUGCCAAGGCCGAGCGGCGCUUCGUGCAGGGCCAUUUCACCGCCAACGACUCCCUCGUCUUCUCCGUCUCCAGGAAGAGCACCGACGUCCCUUAUGCCUCCCUCCUCGUGGUCUCCGACACAGAGACCCUGCUGGAGCCGGACAUCCUAGAGGAAAUCAGCAAGGUGGACGACGCCGUGCAGGCUCUGACUGUGACCCAGGACAACGGAACCCAGAUCCCCUACAGCGAGGUGUGCGCCAAGAACCAGGGCGCCUGUGUCCCCCCCAACCCACUCUUGUUCGCCUGGAAGAGGAACAAGGGCCUCAACCUGACAGCCAUCACCUUCCCCAUCUACAGCCCAGCCGGUCAGCUCGUCUCCCUGGCCAACAUCCUGGGAGGAACUGUCUUGGGGCCGAGCCAGUCACUCCUCCAGGCCAAAGCCAUGCGGCUGCAGUACUACCUGGAGACAGGUGAAGGAGAGGAAAAUGAACGUAGCAAGGCGUGGACGAUCCAUUUCCUAACGAAGUUUGGCAGCUUUGAAAAGAGUCUGGCCUUGAAGAAGAUCCAGGUUGUCUACUUCUCAUCACUUUCCAGAAAACUGGAGUUUGAGGCAACUUCCAGGACGGUGGUCCCCUUGUUUCACCUGGCCUACCUCCUAAUCAUAUUAUUUGCAAUUGUAUCAUGCUACAGGUGUGACUGUGUAUGGAACAAAAUGUGGGUCGCGGUCUUUGGAGUCGUCUCCGCCGGCCUGGCCGUGGUGAGCAGCUUCGGCCUGAUGUUGUACGUCGGGGUGCCCUUUGUGCUCAUAGUCGCGAAUUCACCGUUUCUUAUCCUCGGUGUUGGGGUCGAUGACAUGUUUAUCAUGAUUUCUGCCUGGCAGAAGACCAGCCUUGCGGACAGCGUAAGCGAGCGGAUGUCUGAUGCCUACUCACAAGUGGCAGUGUCCAUUACGAUCACCACGCUCACCAACGUCCUGGCCUUCUACACAGGAGUCAUGUCCUCCUUCCGGUCCGUGCAGUACUUCUGCAUCUACACGGGGACCACCCUGCUCUUCUGCUACUUCUACAGCAUCACCUGCUUCGGGGCGUGCAUGGCCCUGGACGGGAAGAGAGAAGAGGUCUGUCUGCGCUGGCUGGAGAAGCCAGGAACGCCUGGCCAAAACUGUUCCUCGUUUAAAAAGUCCUGCUGCCUCCCAGGUAGUUCCCUCCAGGAUGGAUGGAAAGCCAACAUCCAUCCAAUGAAUCUGUUCUUUAGAGACUAUUUUGGUCCUUUGCUCACAAGCACCAAGUCCAAGAUUUUUGUAGUGCUCCUAUACGUUUCGUACAUCAUAACUAGUAUAUAUGGGUGUUUCCGAGUGGAGGAAGGUUUAGACCUCCGAAACUUGGCAAGUGACGACUCCUACAUCACACCAUAUUUUAAUGUAGAAGAUGAACAUUUUUCCACUUAUGGCCCCAGGGUUAUGGUAAUCGUUACUGGGGUUCUUGACUACUGGGAUAAAGAUGCGAGGCAAAGACUGGAGAAAUGUCUGGCGGACUUUGAAAACAGUGAGUAUGUAGAUGAGAACCUGACAGAGUUUUGGUUACGAGAAUAUGUAAAUUACAUGGAAAACCUCCGUCAGGAUGUAAAUGAUAAGACCGUGUUUCUAAGCACUAUUCCCACUUUCUUAAUGGAAUUUCCACUUUUUGCAUAUGAUAUUAACAUAACAUCGUCACAGGAGAUCGUUUGUUCCCGGGCCUUCAUUCAAAGCAUGGGCAUUUCUUCUUCAACCAAUAAGAAGCUGAUGUUACUCCAGUUCCGAGACAUGGCUGAGAAGUGCGCCGUGCCCCUGAUGGUGUACAACCCCGCAUUCAUAUAUUUUGACCAGUUUUCUGCAAUAGUAGAAAACACUGUUCGGAAUGUGGCUGUUGCGUCAGCAGCUAUGUUCAUCGUUUCCUUAUUACUAAUUCCUCAUCCCCUGUGCUCUUUGUGGGUAACUUUCGCUAUUGCUUCUGUGAUUGUGGGCGUCACGGGUUUUAUGGCCUUCUGGAAUGUCAACCUUGACUCCAUAUCCAUGAUUAAUCUUGUCAUCUGUAUAGGGUUUUCUUUUGACUUUGCUGCUCACAUUUCCUAUGCAUUUGUCUCCAGUGCAGAGCCCUCAGCAAACCACAAAGCCAUUGAGGCGCUGUACCUGUUAGGGUACCCUGUGCUACAAAGUGCGGUUUCAACAAUAAUAGGGGUGUGUGUCCUGUCUGCGGCUAAAGCGUACAUCUUCAGGACGUUUUUCAAGAUUAUGUUUCUUGUGAUGGUAUUUGGAGCUGCUCAUGGUCUAAUUUUUAUCCCAGUAUUCUUAACCUUUUUUUGA